CAAUCCAAUCCAAUCCAUGAAAAUUUGUAAUCUUUCACUAACCCACUGAAGAAGAAGAAUACGAAGGCAAAAACCCUAAUCGAUGAUUAAUCUGAGGCCGCCAGAAAGUCUGGCAUCAGCAGCGGCAGGUGCGGCGUCGCCUUCCUCGACUGUAACGGCUGAGAAAGCGAUCUCAUUCAUCUCUCGAGGUUGGAGAGAAGUAAAGGAUUCAGCCGAUGCAGAUCUUCAAUUGUUGAAAGACAGAGCAAAUUUGUUCAAGAAUUUAGCCACAUCGUUCGACCGAGAACUGGAGAAUUUCCUCACUUCGGCAUCGAAAUCAACGAUUGGUGUUCCCGCCAUCAUGUCAUCAUCGCCUGAGGAGAUCGAUUUUGUGAAGCGUUUACAGCCGAAGCUAUCGGAAAUUCGCCGCGCCUACUCGUCUCCGGAUUUCAGUCGGAAGGUUAUUGAGAAAUGGAGCCCUAGGGCGAGAAUUCGUCUUGAUUUGUCGGCCAUAAGGAAUAUUAUGUCGGAAGUGGAGGUUGGUGAUGAUAGUUAUGGAAGAAGGGUAGGGUUUACAGAUUUCAGGUGGGACUCUAAAGGAGAAGUUUGCUCUGAUGAAGGUCAAUUUUUAGAUUGGGAGCCAAUUCGUGCUUUCAAGACUCGAUUGCGUGAGUUGGAACAGAAGAAUUCAUCUUCAGUUAUCAUAAACCUCAAGAACAGUGAAUUCGUGGAAAAAGUGAAAUCUAGUUUGAAGUCAAUCUGCAAGGAGCCAUCAGACUCCAAGGAAGUUCCACCAUUUGAUGUACCAGAACUACUGGCUUAUUUAGUUAGACAAUCUGGUCCUUUUCUCGAUCAACUGGGCAUCAAACGAGAGAUACCCGACAGGAUAGUAGAAAGUCUGUGUAGCAAACGAAAGGAUCAACUUGUAUUGCGUUCAGGAGAAGCAGCCUCCAUGAUUGAAGGUGAUAACAUAAACGACGAAUUGGAUCUUAGGAUAGCUAGCGUUCUACAGAGUACAGGACAUCAUUAUGAAGGAGGCUUCUGGACAGAUAGUUCGAAGAGAGAAUCUCCAGACAAUAGUAAGAGACAUGUCUCGAUCGUCACCACGGCUAGUCUUCCUUGGAUGACAGGAACUGCUGUGAAUCCACUGUUUAGAGCAGCUUAUUUGGCAAAAUCUGCUAAACAAAACGUAACACUCCUUGUUCCAUGGUUGUGCCAUUCCGAUCAACAACUAGUUUAUCCUAACAUCACUUUCAGUACGCCAGAAGAACAAGAAGUAUACAUUCGUAAAUGGCUCGAGGAAAGAGUGGGAUUUGAUGCUAAUUUCAAAAUCUCGUUCUAUCCAGGAAAGUUCUCAAAAGAGAGGCGAAGCAUAAUACCUGCUGGAGAUACUACACAGUUUAUACCAUCUAAAGAUGCUGACAUUGCUAUCUUGGAAGAACCUGAACAUCUUAACUGGUAUCAUCAUGGUAAACGUUGGACUGAUAAAUUCAAUCACGUGGUUGGUAUUGUUCAUACAAAUUAUCUUGAGUAUAUAAAACGAGAGAAGAAUGGAAUGAUUCAAGCUUUCCUUGUUAAACACAUAAAUAACUGGGUUGCCAGAGCUUAUUGCAACAAGAUUCUUCGCCUUUCAGCAGCUACUCAAGACUUACCAAACUCUACCAUCUGCAAUGUCCAUGGUGUGAAUCCAAAAUUUCUGAAAAUUGGGGAAAAUGUUGCUGCAGAUAGAAAUCGCGGAGAGAAAUCAUUUAAAAAUGGAGCUUAUUUCUUAGGAAAAAUGGUUUGGGCCAAGGGAUACAGAGAGCUGAUUGAUUUGUUGGCUAAACAUAAGAAUGAACUUGAUGGUUUCAAAAUGGAUGUAUUUGGUAAUGGAGAGGAUGCUCAUGAAGUUCAGAAGAUGGCUAAAGAAUUGGAUCUCAAUCUCAAUUUUAUGAAAGGAAGAGAUCAUGCUGACAAUUUUCUUCAUGGUUAUAAGGUUUUCAUAAACCCGAGUAUAAGUGAUGUGCUUUGCACUGCCACAGCAGAGGCCCUAGCGAUGGGAAAAUUCGUGGUAUGUGCAGACCAUCCAUCAAACGAGUUCUUCAGAUCGUUUCCCAACUGUCUCACGUACAAAAGUCCCGAGGAUUUCGUGAUGAAGGUGAAAGAAGCAAUGGAAAAUGAGCCUCAAUCUCUCACACAUGAACAAAUGUACAAACUCUCAUGGGAAGCUGCCACUCAAAGAUUCCUAGAGUAUUCCGACCUUGAUUCUGUCUUGAGUACCGAAAGGAGGAGUAAUUCAAAUUUAGUCAAAUCGAUGUCAAUGCCUAACCUAUCGAAUAUAGUUGAUGGGGGAUUGGCAUUCGCACAUUACUGUCUAACGGGUAAUGAGUUGCUUAGACUUUGUACUGGGGCAAUUCCUGGGACACGGGAUUACAAUGAGCAACAUUCAAAAGAUCUCCGCCUUUUGCCCCCGCAGGUAGAGAAUCCUAUAUACGGUUGGUAGAUUCAUCGCCAUUUUGCCAACAAAUCUAUAUAAUCACAGUCAAUGUAAAAUAAUAAAACUACCACGAAUUUGUUGUUUCUUUGGCAUUAAUUUUUGAACAAUGGGAGAAUAAUGUUAUUUGAAAAUGUAACCAUCUUAUAACUAUACAGAAUUAACAGUUGAUUCUA